UGGGUGGUUUCACAGGGAGCAGAGGCAUUUGAGUCAGGGCACACAUGCUUCAGCUGUGAGAGGCCCAACUCCCCUUGGCUGGCUGGCAUCCCAGAGCAGAGAGAGACAGAGAGGGCUGAGUGUGAGAGACCGAGGGUGAAGAGAAAUUAAAAGCUGACGAGAAAGAGGCAAACAAAGUGAUCAAGAAAGUUGUUUUAAAGGAAGGAGAACGUAUUAGGGACUGAGCUUUGUGCAGCGCUGCUCCUGUAGAUAGUUUUCCAGUAGUGUAUUUUUAACUGUAGUGAGUGUUUGUAUUCAGAGUUGACAGCUAUGGCGGAUACAGGUGUCAAGAAGGAGCAUGCAGCCCUUGCAGAAGUGUCUUACGAUGAUGAUGAGGUCGCUCUGGUGGGUGCUGCCACUGAGCCGGCGGUGGAUGACGACGACCCCGCAGAGGAGGUGGACCUGGUGCUGGCCACCGGCUCCGGAGACAAGAGCGAGGCUCAGAUGAACGGCGUCAUGGUCCUGUCUCUGCUGGACAAGAUCAUCGGGGUGGUGGACAAGAUCCAGCAGACCCAGAACGGGCUCGAGGCCCGGCAGGAGGCCAUGGAGAAGUCAGUGUCAACCAUCCAAGGGGAGCUGGCUAAGCUGUCCAAGAACCACGUCGGCACGGCCAACACCGUCAACAAAAUGCUGGAGAAGGUGCGCAAGGUCAGCGUCAACGUCAAGACGGUGCGCUGCAACCUGGAGAAGCAGGCGGGCCAGAUCAAGAAGCUGGAGAGCAACGAGAACGAGCUGCUCAAGAGACGCAACUUCAAAGUCCUCAUCUACCAGGACCAAGUCAAGCCACCAAAGGCAUCCAAAACCAAGACAGGAGAGACAGUAGUUGAAGGUAAAGCAGUGGAGGGCCUUGAGCAAAUACCUGAGGAGGGACAAGAGGGAUUUCCAGCCGGUCUCAAUUCAGAUGAAGAGGUGGAGAUCGAGGAGAUUAUCGAAGAGUCUCGUACAAAGCGCUUCCAACGCACCACCAAACAGCAGGUAGACAACAUAAAGAAAGCCUUCUCCAAAGAGAAAAUGGAGAAGACCAAACUAAAGACCAAGGAGAACCUGGAGAAGACCAAGCAGAGAACCCGCGAGAACCUGGAGAAGACAAGACAGAGAACCCGUGACAACCUGGAGAAAACCAAACACAGCCUCGAGAAGAAGAUUGGCAAGCUCGGGACCCGCAUGACUCCCACCCAGGAGCGCAGGGCGAAGAUGAAGACCUCCAAAGAGAAGGUGAAGAAGUCCCUCACCCCUGACCACACGGUGUACGCUCGCUCCAAGACCACCGUGUACCGCGUACCCCCCUUUACCUUCCACGUUAAGAAGAUUCGAGAAGGAGAGGAGGAGGUGGUGCAGAACACAGAGAUGGUGGAGGUGUCCGAGGCAGAGGUUCAGUCUGGGGGAGAGGAGAACGGGCUGGGUUUGCACGUGGAGGUGGAGGAAGGUGAGCUGGUGAGUGUAGACAGCCCAGAGAUGGAGACCUUGUUGGCAGUGACUGAAGACUCUCAGCUGGUCAGCGUGGAGCCAGACCACCUAAAAAAAGCCCAAAGUGAAUAAAGCCUCUUAGCUCUACAGGGCUGCAAAAGAAGAAAUAGUAGGAUGACGAAGGAAACCGAGUCGUAAUGAAAGAGUCUAAUCACAAGGACACAGUAAUGGUCAUGGGGACUUUCUCGACGUGAUCACAAUCUAUGACAACUUAUUUUGUUUCUUUUUCCUUUUUAUUUUACCCAGCAGGGAUGACUUUCAUAUUUGCUCAUAUUUAGCGUACAAAAAAGAAAAACAAAACAAAAACAAAGCUAGCUUUUGAAAUAUCCUCCAGGCUGACUGGUUUUUCUAGACUUUUAUGUCCAGAGUAUUUGCUGUUUGUUGUUGGUUUGACUCACUGUGUGGCUAUCAAAAAUGAAACUAACAAAAAAAGACGUAAUGUUCAGUAUUUCCCAUGAAUCAUAUGCACAUUCAUAUGUAUAGUAAAAGAAAGUUGGCGGCAAGAUGUGUUGUUGUAGUGAUGUAAUGGAUGGUUUAAGUAAUGUAAUGUGCAUGUGUGAAACUAAAAGGUAGACAAGGUUUGGGCCUACAGAAAAACUGUGAGUGCUAGAGGAGAGGAGUUGAGUGAGACUGGACUUAGUCUAAAGGGUUUACAAAACUUACUGACAAUCACUCAAACAUUGUGCCAAUUGUUACAGUGUAAUGUUUGCCAAUGUUAAAGACUGAAGUGUAAAUGACUGAAAAUAGAUGUGUGAUGUCUAAUAAAUUAUAUUGGGAACAUUGAAACACUGACAAAUCCAACUAUCAGGAUGUUUAAACACUUACAACACCACACUAAAAAGGAAAAGAUACUCAUUAUAGGACCUCACUUUCUGUCUUUUUGAAGACAGACAGCAAGUCCUGUCCUGUUUGUACAUUUUUUGUGCUUUGAUUAAAAAGAUAGUGACAAAGGAUCCCACAGUCCUUAAAAACCUGCUUUGAGCAUUAAGUUAUACUAUAUUAUUGUGAGAGGAAAUAUCUCGUGCUACUAUAUUCUUGUUUCCUAAACUGGUCGCUCAAUAAAACAUUUCAGCCUUAAUUUAAUGAAAUAUAGAAUGUAAUAUGUGCUGCUGUGUAUUUUAUCAAUGCAUGCGUGGAGACAUGGUUUGAUCAUCAAUUACUGUACUCUCCUGAUGUACAUUCUCAGCGUCAUAUAUGUUGGACAUAUUGUACUCACCAAGUUUCACAUAACACAUUGCUGCACAAAAGAGAAUAAAAUGACUGCGUCACCAUGGUCACAGCUCAUCACAGUACUUUUGCACAACCCUAUUAAAUUUUUCAAAAAUAAUUGCAGGCAGAAAAAGGAUGAACUGAGAAGCAAGAUGACAGCUUAAUGACUGAAUACGUAACAGGUGGAGAGGAAAAUGUCAUCCUAAAUGCGGCUGAACGGAGACAGCAACCUGCCAGGUAUUAUGAAUGGAAUGGCACUUUAAUAAAUGUCACAACGCCGCAACAGUAUAAUCCUGUCCACAAACAAUUUUACAGAGACCAGGUGCAAUCUUGUGGACUUUUACACCCACUAAAAAAAAAAAAACAGCCAUCUGACCAUAAAUCAUGACAUGAGGUUGUAAUUAUGAGGCAGAGAUGCAUGCAGGGUCAGAGGGCACUAUUGCAAUCACAAUUAUUCUGAACCCAGUGUAAUAUGACAAGGGCAAUGUUUAAUCAUAGCCACAUUUGAUCAUGCAAGGCAAGAGCACAGGGCUUCAAGACAGGAACAAUGUGAAUGUAUGGCUUCCAUUUUCCUCCCUGGAGAGGAGGUGUGACCUUGAUGUGGCGUAGGAGGCCCACUGUGUAGCAUGGAGCGCCAUUAAAAUAAUCAAUGGGCAGGGGGGGGAAAUGCAAUUAAGUAGAGUGCUCUCUGUGAGUACUGAGCAGGGUAGGGAACAGUAAGAAAGACAGAGAACAAUGAUGCUUGUCUGUAUGCGUGUGUGUGUGUGUGUGUGUUUGCGAGUGUGUGGUAUGUGCAUACCAUUUACCUAAGCAUGAAGUGGACGUGUCAUAAAAUAAAAAAGAAAUCAGUUACAGGCCUGUAAAAUCAGAUAGGCUUGGGAUUUUUAUAGCAUUGUGUUUUUAUUGACUUUUUUUGACACAGAUAUUUAAAUUGUCUCAGUAACACCUGUAAGAUAUUGUUCCCUUUUAAGAAAUGUGUGAUUUUGCCCUCAUGUACAUUUUUGCUUUGUUUGAAGCUACUGGUUAUUAAAAACAUAGUAGUAAUAAUAAACCAGCUUGCUAUAAAUGUGAGGUAGACCAUACUAUGUCCAUGUAGAGACAGAGAAUAAAGUAGUCAUACUGCUGCAACAUAGUGUGGCAUGUAGUUGCUCUUGGUGUUACUGAUUCAUACACAAGUAAUGAAGCUUGCCUGAUUCUGUUGUGUUUAAGGUUAUUUUUUUGCCUAACCAUCUCAUUAUAAAUAAAGGCUUACUGAAUAAUAAA